AUGUCUUCCCCAUCCUUGCCCCAGCACAAUUAUCGCCAAGCGAUCAUUGACUUGUACAAGAAGCACGACCCUGCCAAGGUGUGGCGCGUGGAUGAGCUGCUGCGCCGGUUUGAGGGGCACGAGGAGGCCCUCGUGAACGCCCUGGAGCGAAAGUUCCGCGAGGACAUGACAUCAGCGGGCGCGCAGGAUUCCACCGGGCACUGCGCGGAUGCCGCACAGGCCCCUGUGACGCUGGAGGGCAGCAGCUACUCAGGACCUUCGCCAAACUCGCCGCUCAAUAUCAACAUUUCAAUCAAGUGUGAUGAUUCACUGCCAUCUGUGGUUGCAGAACUGCUGGCCGCGUCGCCUUCCGACCCCGACGCUGCGACGGUCAGCGAGAAUGUAGACCGCAGUGUAUACCGCACGCGACUGCUGCGCCUCUAUGAAGCCUACGCCCCGCUUCGUGUGAGUCAGGUCGAUCAUGAGCUAGACAACUACAAGGGGCGAGAAGAGGCAUAUCUGUGCACCAUGGAGAAGAAACUUAGGGGAGUGCAGACCGCGGAGAGUGCCGAGGACGCCACCGAGGAGGCGUCGCUGCCGGCCACGCUGUCGCCCGUAGAAACGGGUCUUCUCGACGACCGCCAGAGGCGUACCAACAACAGCUCCGGCUAUGAGGUCUCCAAGGCGGGACUGCUGCUCAGUUACGAGACAGAUGCGCCAGCCCCAGCAAACCACGCGGAGCGUCAGCUGCAGCGCUACCUGGGGCGAGACGAGGAGGUUAUCCAGGAGGCUGUGGCCGAGUACGGUCCUGAGCCAGUCGCGUCGGUAGUGGACACGGAGGCAACGAGCCCCGGAGCGGCAGCCGGCUUGAAGAAGAAGCACACACCGACCGCACCCGCAAACAGCACAGGUCCUUUGAAGACUGCGUCUCCAAGUGCACCGCUGCCGAUACUGGCCACGUCUCAGGAAGCUGCAAAGGCUGCCAAGCGUACAGUCGAUGGGGUGGCGUCUCCUCCCUCGGCAGCAGCAGCUCUUCCGACUCGGGCCGAGGCUGCAGCAAGGCCAGCAGCGUAUGAGGAGGCGAAGGCGGCUGCAGUGUUCGCGCGCAUCAUAGAGCACAAAGGCGGCGCUGUUGGUGAUGCGGCCGCUCCCACGCAGGUUCCAGGACUUAAUGCGGCCGUCUUGGGGCUGGCUAUGCCCCCCUACAGCGGCGGUGCGCGGCAUGCCUCCUCGCCGCCGGACAGGCGCGCCGCAGCGCCAGUUGUGACACGUGACAAACCGUCGCCUGUUGCUGCGGUGGGACCGCUGCAGGUGGUUUCAGCAAGGAACGCUGAGAUGCGCACCACUGCAUCGAGACUCUCCAAGGCUGCUUUACCCGCGCGCAAAGGCGAGUCGGCGCGGACCGUCGUCUUGGACAGAAGCGAGAUCGAUGCCUCGCUGAGUAGCACCAUGAGGCGGAUGGCGCUCUUCGACGUCACUUUCUACGACUUCUUCCGCGUUCUGGGAAGCUUUCACGCGCAUGGGUGCGAGAGGGUGAGCCUACGAGUGGCCAGCGUGCUGCUUGGCGUCUUGUUGCAAGAGGCAUCACCGGCGAAAGUACGUUGUGAGCAUGGCAACAUGUCGUGCGUGAGCGAAGAGGAGGCCGGCGUGUCGGCUGACGAGAUGCGAGAGCUCAUUCUGCAGGGAGCAGCGCGGCAGCUUCGAAGCCAAGCCAGCAUGUCGAAUCGGCGCGUGGCGCAGUUUACACACUCGCUGGUCCGGCGCAUGGCAAAGUUGGUGCAGACCUGUCGCAUGGCGGUGGUGCAGCUUCAGCGGCAGCCGUAUCCUCUUUCCGCUGGGUUCUGGGUGUAUCGCUCUGUUCGUCCACGUGCUGUACCCCACUGGAGGCGGUGCUGGGCUACGACGAGCGCAGACGGCGACGCCAUCUCCGUGUGCUACGAGGGCUCUCUCAAAACGGAGUUGCGCAUUCCUUUUGCACGCGUCGUGCGUUGCGACCGCGAGCGAAACCCGGCUGGUGCGUUGCCCGUGUACGCGCGCAACGGCCUCACCUUCCAGCUGACAACGGGCGCGCAGCCGUUGCUCGUUGUGGUGUGCCCGGAAUCGGGGGAUGUGACCACGCAGCUCCUAUCUGCUUUCCGCUCGUGGAGCCGCUCGCCGCGCAACGUUGAUGAGAAGAGCACCGCAACGCACGUAGCCUCCUCGCUGGCCCCGGCGCCACACUCACAAUGCGACGUCGCAGAAAGCAGCAAACACUUGGGAUCGAAUCAGGUCCGGGUUUGGGUUCUCGUGAGAGCCACGUCGACGUACGAGUCGCAAAGGUGGUGCGUGGAGGAUCUGUCGAUACACAUGAUGAGCGAUCGCACCCGCGAGCUGCACAGCUGCUCGGUUGCUGAUGUGGAAGGCGUGGUUGCGGAGAUUGAGCUGCCCGUGACACCGCCGGCGAGGUGCGCGCAUGGUUUUGUGUUGUGCUUCGGAAACGUCUCGGCUCCCUUGAUGGCGUUCACCGAGCGACCGCAAGACCGAACUCGGCUGCUUGAUCGUGUGUAUCGCGGCCAGGCGCUUCUUCAAGUAGAAGCGAAGGCAGCGGGAAAGGUUAAUGGAGGCGGUUAG